AUUGUGUCUCCCUCCAAAUGAUAAAAAAAGAAUUAUUUAUUUAGAAAAAGUAAUUUUAGAACUUUAAGCUAUUUAUUAUUUAUGAAAUAACAUUUAAAUAGAUUAAAAGUGUUAAAAACAAAGUUUUUUCACAUCCAACAUAAUGGAUAUUCCCGUAAAAAAACCUAAAAUGGAGGAUCUAGAAGUUACUGGUGUUUCUCGAAGUGGCAGAGUCAGAAAAAAGUCCUCUAAACUGAUGGACUUUGAGUCUCCAGAUGAAAUAGAACGAAACUAUACGAAAAGACCGUCAUCCGCUAAGCGGAGUGAGACUUUCGAAAUGAUAAGCUCUCCACAAAAAAAAGCUCCAAAAGUGGAAGAUAUUUUUAAUAAGGAUCCUCCCCCGUACGAUAAUUUUAUAAACCAUGAAAGUUUAAGUGAAUCAGAGUAUGGUAGUGAAUACGAUCACCACAUUAACCACACUGAAUCCAGCCUGGACGAAUCAAUUGAUUCUGAAAGCGAUUUCGAAGAAACCGAAGGCGGCUUUAAGAGACUUGACUCCUCUAGAAAAAAACAGCUGAUUAUUAAAGAUGGAAAAAUUGUUAAAACAGAAAAAAUAAAAGACAUUACAUCAAGUUUAAAGUUGUCUUCAAAAAAUAGUAGAAGUCCCAAGAAGAGUACCUCUAAUAAGGGUCUGACGGGUCCUCUGUCGGGCUUCCAAACUGGCGUAACCACUUACGAACACGUGAACGUUUCCCCCCCAAGCCCGAGAUCCAAAGACUUUAAAGUGAGCGGAAUCAAACCAAUUGACGUUGCAGCACAUUUAAAACUGCUGGGAGAGAGUUUAACUAUCAUUGGGGAGAGAUUAAAAGAGCACGAGGGCCAAAUAGCAGUGUCAGGAAGUCUUUCAGUUUUGUUGGAUUCGUUGCUUUGUGCCUUGGGACCUUUAAUGUGUUUAACGCAGCAAAUUCCAGAGUUACAAGAAAACUGCUGUACACCGGAACAACUCACAAAUACUCUGGAUAAUGUGGCGUUUAUCAUGCCGGGUCUUUAGAUUUAUGCUGAAAGGGGGAGUAAUGUAAUAAGUAUUAUUUUAUUUUAAAUCGAGAUAAUAAAAUUCAUUUAUUUUAAAUUA